AUGGAGAUCAAUUCAGUCUGGAGAGUUUGUCCGGCUGACACACCCCCUUCCGGCUGCCACACCCCAUUCCUGCCUGCCACACCCCCAUCCUGCUGCCACACCCCCAUUCCUGCUGCCACACCCCCAUUCUGCUGCCACACCCCCAUUCCUGCUGCCCACACCCCCAUUCCUGCUGCCACACCCCCAUUCCUGCUGCCACACCCCCAUCCUGCUGCCCACCCCAUUCCGGCGGCCACCCCCCAUUCCUGCUGCCACACCCCCAUUCCUGCUUGCCCACACCGCGCUCACUACCCGGCUGCCACACCCCCGUUCUACACUCCCCGUUCCGCGCUCCUACCCACCCCAUCUGCUUCCACGACCCCAGUUCCGGCUGCCCACACCCCAUUCUGCUGCCACACCCCCAUUCCUGCUGCCCACUCCAUCCCCCGUCCGGCUGCCACACCCUCGUUCCGGCUGCCCACACCCCCGUUCGGCUGCACACACCCCCGUUCCGGCUGCCACACCCCCGUCUCCUGCUGCCACACCCCCGCCUUCCGGUCUCCACACCCCCAUUCCGUUGCUGUCCACACCCCCGUUCCGGCUGCCACACCCCCGUUCCGGCUGCCACACCCCCGUUCCGGCUGCCACACCCCCGUUCCGGCUGCCACACCCCCAUUCAGUUCCAUUGGUGUGUGUUGCAGACCGAACGGCAGGGAAUGCAAAAUGAAACAGGCCUUCUGA